UUGUGACUCGUUUCUUUGGCCGUAAAUAGACUGGUACCAAAUUGAAACAAGAUGAAUGACAGGCACAGGGACAUCCUUCGCCGCCAUUGGUCCACGCUUAGGAGGGACCUGGAACCGAUGAAGCUUCUACCUUAUUUGAUCAACGUGUUGGACGUCACGGAUGAACAGGAAGUAAAGGUGAAAGCUACGAGAGAGGACAGGAUUGACAAACUGUUAGAGAUCCUACCUAGGAGAGGGCCUACUGCGUUUGAUGACUUCGUGAAGGCAUUGCAGGAAGUGCAGCCAUUUUUGGCUGCUCCAUUGGUUCAAGAAUCAGAAAUGGAAGAAAUUAAGACGGAACUAAAUCGUGCUCGAACACACAGUGCAAGGCUUCGAGAGGAAGUUCAUCUUAUGAGAACAAGUUUAGAAAAAGAGCAACAGAAACACAAAAAGACGCGUAAAGAACUUGAAGAACUAAAACGCCUCCAUGAAACUCUAAUGGCAAAGGGCGAGGAAGACAAGCAAAAUAUGCAGCUGAGGGUUGAAGAGCUAGAAACCAUGAUCAACCGACUGGAGGAGGAACUGUCAACCGAACGAAGCGACAAACUUGUCUUCACAGAGGAAACAGCACGGUUGAGAAAAAUGUGCGAUCAAAUGGACCAGGAGUUACGUAGCUUUAAGGAAAGCUACGAAAAGGUCUCUGAAGAGAACAAAGCACUCGUGACAAAGUUGUCAAACUACAGAAACAAUGUUGUGAACGAAACAGUUAACCGUGAUGCGGUGGGCUUUAUUUCACGACAUGGGGAACACGAAGUGGUUGAAAAAAUCCCGAAUGUACUGUCUACUGGUAUUCCUUUCAUCAAGGAUGAGGAUUUGGAGAUAAAACCUCAAAUACAAAAGAGCAGUGACUCCUUUUCAGCUUAACUGUUGGAUGAAAC